CGGCUCUCAGCCAAUGGCGUGGCUCCGUGGCCCGAGUCUGUCUCGAGUCUGUCCACUUAUCAUCCAGCGCUGCACGUCACCGUCGCCUUGUCUGCCUGCCCGCUCCGGAGAGACAGCAGCGUCCUUGCACACAGUUAGGCCGGAAAGAUCAGUAACCAUGUCCAUCCUGAAGGUCCACGCUCGUGAAAUCUUUGACUCCCGUGGCAACCCCACUGUGGAGGUUGAUCUCUACACCAAGAAAGGUCUCUUCAGAGCUGCAGUGCCCAGCGGUGCCUCCACGGGCAUCUACGAGGCUCUGGAGCUCCGUGACAAUGACAAAACUCGCUACAUGGGCAAAGGUGUCUCAAAAGCUGUUGAGCAUAUCAAUAAAUCAAUUGCACCUGCACUGGUUAGCAAGAAUGUGAACGUUCUUGAGCAGGAGAAGAUUGACAAGCUGAUGUUGGACAUGGAUGGAACAGAGAACAAAUCUAAAUUUGGUGCUAAUGCCAUCCUGGGCGUGUCCCUGGCUGUGUGCAAGGCUGGUGCUGCUGAGAAGGGUGUGCCACUCUACCGUCAUAUUGCUGACCUGGCUGGCAACCCUGAAGUCAUCCUCCCUGUGCCUGCAUUCAAUGUCAUCAAUGGUGGCUCCCACGCGGGCAACAAGCUGGCCAUGCAGGAGUUCAUGAUCUUGCCUGUGGGCGCCAGCACCUUCAAGGAGGCCAUGCGUAUUGGUGCUGAAGUCUACCACAACUUGAAGAAUGUUAUCAAGGAGAAAUACGGCAAAGACGCCACCAAUGUGGGAGACGAGGGGGGCUUUGCACCCAACAUCCUGGAGAACAAGGAAGCUCUGGAGUUGCUGAAGAAUGCCAUCGGCAAGGCUGGCUACACUGACAAAAUUGUUAUCGGCAUGGAUGUGGCCGCCUCAGAGUUCUACAAAGGUGGAAAGUACGACCUGGACUUCAAGUCUCCUGAUGACCCCAGCCGCUACAUCUCCUCCGACAAGCUGGCUGACCUCUACAGAAGCUUCGUCAAAGAUUACCCUGUUGUGUCCAUUGAGGACCCCUUCGACCAGGAUGACUGGGAGGCGUGGGCCAAAUUUACAGCCAACACCAGUAUCCAGGUGGUGGGCGACGACCUCACCGUCACCAACCCCAAGCGCAUCGCCAAGGGCGUGGCCGAAAAGUCCUGCAACUGCCUGCUGCUCAAAGUCAACCAGAUUGGCUCGGUCACAGAGUCUCUGCAGGCCUGCAAGAUGGCCCAGAGCAACGGCUGGGGUGUGAUGGUCAGCCACCGCUCUGGAGAGACCGAAGACACGUUCAUUGCUGACCUUGUGGUCGGUCUCUGCACUGGACAGAUUAAGACCGGUGCACCCUGCCGAUCUGAGCGCUUGGCCAAGUACAACCAGCUGCUCAGGAUUGAAGAGGAGCUCGGCAGCAAGGCCCGUUUCGCCGGCCAGAAUUUCAGGCACCCACUGUAAGCUCGGUGUGUCCAGCACUCAUACUUACGCCACGCUAAGUCGCCUGCUGUGUCCCAAGAGAACACCACGUAUAUCUGAGGUCCAAAAUGUGUGGUCUGCAGCACGGUGAAGCAUCAAGCACCUAAAACAGCCACAUCCUCAUAAAAGUAUGCUUUAGCUCCUAAAUAUGUCCCUUUGUUCGUGUUUGUCUAUCUGAGACCUUUGUGUAGCUUUUUGUGAGUUGUAGUUAUUCUUGGUCGUCCUACUGAGCACUAGAGCUACUGUAACUUUAGUACUGUAUCAAGCAGUGGAAAGAGUAUAAUGUGUGCAAUGUGUCGCGUCUGACAAAGUCUUGUGUUGCUGUAAGCGUUGGCAGAAAUACAUAAUAAAAAUAUAGUUUAAAA